UGCUCAACUUUCUUUUCCUCUCAAGCAGUUCACCCAAGAUGAAGCUGCUCGCGGUUCUCUUGGUUGCAUUGCCUUGUGCCCUGGCCGGGAACAUCUGCUGUUUUCCCGACAGGCUCAGCGGGUUUGUCUUUGACUCUACAACUGGGAUCGCCAGCUCCUAUGAACUUGACUUCGUUGCCAAAAAGAAUCUCAUUCGUCCUUUAAUAGCUGCUAUCUCAGACUCGGGCGCAUUCGCGUUGGUGGACUUUAGUAACAACAAAACAUACAGCAGCGGUGGAUCAGUAUGCGUGUUGGCCCCAACACUCUCUCGAUUGCUGUAACCUCUGGAUGCGUUCCUGUUACCACCAGAAUUGUAGGGCCUAUAGCACCCCAGUCCCGUACCAACCUUUACGUCAACGUGACAACCCCAGCGUCCAUCGACUUUUCAGGCGUUGACAUUUCUUCGUGCACAUCAGUUGGGCAAUCCCCCGUUGUUGGUUAAAUUUGUUCUUUGUCCACAAACGAUUAAUUUUGAUAUCCUAAAGAAAUAAACAAAUAAAUAAAUGAAAGGAAUACAAGUGGA